ACGAGUGGCAGUUUUGCACCGACACGGUGCCAUGACCGACCAUGGAGCAUGCGAUGGGAUUCCUCAGCCAGAAUGCGUCCGUGUGGUGGUGCGCAUGCGUCCUUCCAACGAGCGAGAGCGCAAGCUGCAAGCCGCCAACGAGUCGGUCGUCGCGAUUCGACCACCAUCCGAACCGACCGACUUGCCCACGCGACUCGACGUCAAGUGCCCAGAUCAUUCGAUUGACGCGACGUACAACUACGACGCGAUCUUUGGGACGCAUGCCAACCAGCGCGACGUGUACGCGUACCUGCAGUCGUCGGUGGAGCAGGUUGUGCAGGGGUUCAACUGCACCAUCUUUGCUUAUGGCCAAACAGGCACGGGGAAGACCCACACGAUGAUGGGCCCCGACUCGUCGCUCCGGCAAGGCGACAUGAGCCAGUGGGGCAUCAUUCCUCGCGCCGUCGACGGUCUGUUUCAGGAGCUCAAGGCCGUGGGAGCGUGCGGGGCCGGGGCGUUUGUGCAUUGCUCGUACAUGCAAAUCUACAACAACCAAGUAUUUGACCUGCUCCACUCGUCGGCCGUGAAAGACCAGCCGCCGCUGCAAGUUCGAGAAAUGAUCAAGGGCCAUGCCAAGCACAUUUAUGUGAGUGGCAUCUCGGAAUUUCGAGUCGGCAAUGCCCACGAAGUGCUCGACUUGCUCCAUCUCGGGAGCAAGAAUCGAACGAUUCGCGCCACAGAGUGCAAUGAAAAGAGCAGCCGCAGCCACGCGCUGCUCCAGUUGUCCAUGGAAGUCGAGUCGCGGGGCAAUGAACGAACGACCAUUAUUCGGCGGGCCAAGCUAAACUUGGUGGAUUUGGCCGGGUCGGAAAAGUGGGACACAGACGUCGCCAUGACGCACGAUCGCACGCGGGAGCUGCGCAACAUCAACGCCAGCCUCUCGGCGCUUGGCAACGUCAUUUCGGCCCUCACCGACAAAAAGCGGUCGCACAUCCCGUAUCGCGACUCGAAGCUCACAAGGUUGCUUCAAGACUCCCUCGGCGGAAACACCCGAACGAUCGUCAUUGCCACGAUCUCGCCGUCGGUGGCAGCGGUCGAAGAGACCGUGUCGACGCUCCAGUUUGCCGAACGAGCCAAGCAGAUCGCGCUGAACGUCCAGGUCAACGAAGUCGUGGACGACGCGGUGUUGCUCGCCAGAGCCCAGCGCGAGAUCCAAAAACUCAAGCUGCAACUGCAAGCGGAACAGCCCAACGUGUCGGCAAUGGGGCACAAGAUCCAGGCGCUGGAGAAGCAGGUCGACGUCCUUCGUGUCGAGAACCAACAGCUCAAGGCGCAGCUGGCAUUGGCAGCACCCAAUUCCGACGGACAUCCGCGAACUGCCCCUGCCAUAGCUCUCUCGGCGGACCUAGAUCUGGGAGACGGCAAGGCGCAAAGGCUUGCAGGGGCGUCGUUGUCGGCCCAAGGACAGCGAGCCAUGGCGAGUCGACCAGCCAGCAAACGCACCUUGACAACCCCACGGACACCAGAGCGAACGAAUCAAGACGAGUCGGGCGUCGCCCCAGACUGGGAACACCAGACGCAGCCCUUUUUGGCGCACCUGGAAGACAUUCAGAGAGAGCGGCGAGACCUCGAAGCGCAGCUCGAAAAGCUCAAGUUUACGCAUGUGCCAGAGGAAGACGACGUGUGCCCCAUGUGCCAUCUCGUCAUCGACCACCACACGGACUCUGAAUUGGACCGGUGCAUUGAUUUGGAAAUGCAAGUCACGGCAACCCACUCGUCGUCCUGUAAAGACGUCGCGGCUGCACCAGGCGAUGACCCAUCGCGACCACAUCCCGGCCACAUCCCGGUGAAGCCGCCGUCGUUACCGUCGAUUGUAGCGCGCCCGGUCCAGGCGACCGCGGCACCACUCGGCUCUUUCCCGGCCAGCCAUGACCCGCGAGAAACCUCGAGUUCUCGAGGCUCGACCAGAGCGCACUCGUUGGUCCCUGUGAUGCCGGCCAAGCCAAAGCCAAAGCCCAAACGCAGCCAGCAAAAGGCCAAGCUGGUCCUAGCCAAGUCCAAGUUGACGAAGUCGCCGUACGGAGUCAAGGCCCCACUCGACAAGCCCGACGACAGCGCAAACGAACCCGAGGCGUCGGCGGGUGUUGGCAGUGGGCUGCACAACGACGUGCGGGACAUCGGCGUCAAUAUAAGCGUCUACACAUACAGGUAUGACUGCUGGUACCCGUGCACGAUCGUCGGGUACGAUUCGAAGCGGAAGAUGCAUUGCUGUCUCUACGACUACGGGGACAAGCAGUGGGCAGUCCUGCGCGGCAAAAAGUUUAAAGUGCUCGGCCGCGACAGUGCGCCGUCGCCAUCUCGAGAGCCCAGCACGUCGUCGUCGCCCCGCAGUCGAAACCAGCCCUUCUAGUUUGAAUCAUGCACGUGACGCUGGUCUAUCCUAUCUCUCGCCGUGCGUAGAGUCUGCUCUGCCGUGAGAUCGACGCACCCCCUAGCGAUUCAAUCGAUAGACCACCAGCCAUCGGUUCGA